AAAUAAAAUAAAAAAAAAUCGUAACUGAAGAAGAAAUAAAGUUGUUGUCUGUGAAGAUUAUAUUAUUGUAUUUCAAUGAAUCUAGUGAUUGUUGUGUAAACUUAACACUAAUAUGCCGGCGUUAAAGCUUUUCGGACGUAAAUGGCUCGUAGCAUCAGAUGACAUUGUGUUUCCAUGCAUCUUCGAGGUGGUAUGGCGAGUAAUAUACCUCAUAUUUACACUGAUUGCAUUUCAACGCUACUGGGAAUUUUUUCAAUCGAAUGUUACAACGGACAUUGAUAGCGUCAACAUUAGCAGUAGCAUUGGAGAUAAUCUCACAGUCAGCCAUCAGAAAAAUGAUCUACAAUAUUGUCAACACAUUGAUGUAGCAUUCAUAAAGACUUAUUUAGCUGGUAUUAAUAUCAUUGUAGCCUUGAACAUCCCACUUCUAAUUGUGAUGAUAAGCACAGCUGCUCGUGGUGCAAUUUGUGAUGUUCAAGCUAGACGACAUGUUACACCUCUCCUUUAUUUGAAGCUGUUCCUAAUCUUGCCUGAAAUUGGAGCUAAUGUUAUGGGAACUAUGUGGGCAUUUACUAGUAGUGUACAUUGUACAAAUUUAGAUGAUGUGUUCUCAAAUACUACUUUAGAAGUGACGACAAUAUUCUAUUGGAUUGUUCUGAGUCUUAUAAUAUUUGCAAUCAUAAUCGCAUAUGAUCCGUUAGGAGCCAGAAAAUACAGAAAGAUCAAAGAUCCAAAUGGAAAUGAAAAUGAUCCGAACACUCAUCACGAGUUUAUGCAAUUAAAAGUUUCAAAGCUUUGGCUGCGUCGAUUCCGUUUGCUGUUUUGCUGUAUCACUAAAGAUGAAGAUGGCGAUGAAGCCUUUUUACAGUCUGCUGAGUUAUUAUCGAAUCUCUUUACUGGAACUGAUUUAGUGCCGUCAGACAUGAUUGCCGGAUCAAUUUUGAUGAGAGUUCGUCAAAAGAAAGAAAAUCGAGAGUUUCGUCGAAUGCAGAUGCUGAAUGACAUGUCCUGUCCCAGAUAUUCAACAGACUUGUCUCGCAUCUUCAAUACUCAAUGUCCAUCGUGGAUGACACUUAAAAAUGCACAACAUUACCUUCGGUUUGCUGUAUCAAGUUAUGGAUGGCCGAUGGUUUGUGCAAUUGCACCUUGCAGAGCCUGUUGUGGACUGAUCAGAAAAGUCACGUGUUGUGCUGGAUUGAGAAGCAAAUCGAAUCACAUUGUCGACGACAAUUGCUGUAAUUGCAAUGAAGCUGGAACAAGAGUCGCAUCGAGAGUCAGUGCUGACGAUGUUAUUUAUGCAUCAUUCAAGAAUCAAGUUUUUGAGAUUCCAUUUUGCAUUCUUGCGGAUCAUAAAAUGAAAAGCAUUGUGCUAUCAAUUCGCGGCAGUUGGUCAUUGAGUGACAUUUUUACUGAUUUAGCAGCAAAGCCUGAAGAGUUUGUCGCACCGGGAUUUCCAGACAAUACUUACGUGCAUUAUGGAAUGGCAAAGUGUUGUGAUCAAAUUUUAAAGAAUCUUGAAGCUGACAAUUUGCUGGAUAAAGUUAUGCAAAUGCAUCCAGGAUAUGAACUGGUUAUUACAGGACAUUCCCUUGGUGCUGGAUUAUCAAUAUUAGUUGGUGCUAAAUUAAGAGCAAAAUAUAAUAAUCUAAAAGUUUAUGGCUUUGCUACACCAUCUGGGAUGUUGACAAGAGAAGCAGCUAAAUUUACAGAACAAUUUGCAUUUACUGUAGUCGUUGGGGAUGAUUGUAUAGCAAGGAUUAGUGUUGAAGCCGUUGAAUACUUACGAACUAAUAUUUUAGAAUCACUGCAGAGUUGUAGACUUCCUAAGUACCGAGUAAUUUUAAACGGAUUCGCAUAUGCUCUAUUGGGAAUUCCAUCGAGAGAUUUGGAAAAGACUUGGUAUAACGUGAAUGAAGUUUCAACACAAUCGAAUCAUUCAUCAACGCUACUUGAUCCGCAAAUAAUUGCAACGAUCACUAAUGAAGCAUCGCAGCUUUAUGGAAGUUCAUCGGAUAAAACACGACCGAAACUUUUUAUUAGUGGAAAAAUUUUGCACAUUUUAAAGAAGAAAAAGUCAGAAAUUGAGAAGAAAACAUCUCCGACUGUGUAUGAAAUGAGAUGGGCACAACCUGAAGAUUUUAUGGAGCUUAAAGUCAUGCCCCGAAUGAUGCUUGAUCACUUCCCACAAAAUAUUAUGCAUGUACUCACGAAAGUUCUAAAUGAGAGGAAGAAUGGAUCGACUUUGUCUGUGGAUUGCAUAUAAUUAGUGUAUUGUGUGACAAUUUUUAAGUGAAAAACUGUGAUAUUUGUAAUCUCAAAUUUUCUAAACGCAUAUCGAUAUUAU